AUGCGUCACUUCGAUGCAUGGAUCCUGCGAGAUCCGUACUCCAUCAAUCACUACUACCCCACCGGGCGUCGAUGGCAAGAAGCUGUUCGUGACCUGAUUCAAGAACGCAAGAUCUGCGAUCCCUCCGUGGACCUUCCGCUCCGGGCCUCCCACCCGGUCGAUCCUUAUGUUCGUCCCAUGGCCGACCAGGUGGACUGCGACCUGCUGCACAAACUGCCCACCGAGAUCCGCCUGAUGAUCUAUGGAUACGUCUUCGGCGAUGAGGCCGUGCAUCUGGUGCAGGUCAAGGAUAAGAUCCGCCACGUCCGCUGCCGCCAGCCCGUCUCGUCCAUCGACAAGAAUCGCCGCUGCUGUCCCGCCACCCAGGCCCGCUGGCGACUCGUCGCCGACGGCGCCAACCCUGGCAUCGGACCCGGGACCAAAUCUGACAGCAUGCUGUACCCGCACACGCAUCCGGACCUGACGCGCUCCCUGAGCAACUCGUCGCUGACCCUGCUGCGCACCUGCCGCGCCAUCUACGCCGAGGCCGCCCAGAUCCUGUACGCCAACGUGACCUUCGAUGUCGACGACCUGAACACCUUCGUAGCCUUCUCCGCCGGCAUAGCCCCCGACAGCCUGCGCGCCAUCCGCCGCCUGACCGUCCAGUGGUCGCCCGUGUGGCAGCCCAUGGCCGGCCACGAGCAGAAGACCUCCAUAUUCGCGCACACCCACAACGACCGCCUUUGGUCCCUGUUCUGGUCGCGCGUGGCCGCCCUUCGGGGCCUGGAGGAGCUGCAUCUGAGCUUGGACCUGGGUCGCUUCAGCGGGAACCCCGUCGGCGGUCUCGUCGCCGGCAAGCAGCGCCUGCGGCUAGCCAUUGACGAGCAUUGGGUGGCGCCUUUGUUCUGCGUGCGCGGGCUGCGGUCGUUCGAGCUGGGCAUCACUGCGCGCUGUGACGCCUACGCCAAACGGGUCCUGGAAGGCAAUCUGGUGCGCGAUGCCGGGACUCUCCGUGAUAAUCUGCGGUCUAUCCUCUGCUCGUCUGCGGGGACGAUCCCGUUCAUCCGGGACGUGCAGUUGCAAUUGAAGCGGCCGUGUGGGAUGGAGGAAACGAACAGCGUUGCCGGGUCGAGAAUGCGCCCUCGUCUGGCGAUCACGGCGGCCUGA